GGGUUCUACCCUGUGGUCCGUAGAGAGUCUGUCAGUGAGUUUGCGGGUUGGUCUAAGUGGUGAGGAGUGGGACUGUCCUGUCGUGCACCUAUCACCAUGGAUGACUACCCCAUGUAUGGUUUACUCGUUGGGUUCUCCCUUUGGGGGACCCUUUGGCGUUUCAUGUUUCCGGUGGGAUUCUGGAACACGUUUUCGUGUAGGGUAGAGACCAAGGGUGGUACGACCACACACCCCUACACACCUGAAGAAGAGGCCAAGGCCACCGCAAUCCUGAAGGAGAGGAGAGAGGAGGCCAAGAAGAAGGCCUUGUUGGAGGCGCAGGCGGCGAAAUUGAAGAAGAUUGAGGGGGAGAUGGCCAGAGAGAAGGAGAGGUUGAAGAAAGAAGAAGAAGCGAAGUUAAAAGAGGUGGAAGAGGAGGAGGAGGAAGACGAGCAGCCGUUGGAAAGGAGGACAGAGCAACAAGGGCAGUACAGUGGGAGUAAAAAUGAUGAAAUGGAAAAAAGGAUUUCAGAAUGGGUUGCCAACUUGUCUUUGGGAGAAGAGGAGGUUGCCAUGUAUAUCCCCAAGGAUGAGCAGGAGACCGCCAUGAAAGAAUGGGAUGCAGAGGAAGAUUCCCUGAAGCGGCAAGCGAUGGAGGAUGAGAAAAAGAUGGAGUGGAGGCUCAGGAUGAUGAGGGAAAAGAAGAGGAGAGUGGAUGCGGCAAGUGAGGCGGCCAAAGAAUUAGAGCAGGUGAAGAACCUAAAAGAACAGUUGACCGCCCAGGUGGAUCUCCAACGAAAGGUGGAGGUCAUUGCCCAGAGUGUUGAUCGCUUGGCCCGGGUACAGGGAGAACAAUAUGAGUUUAGUAGAAGUCAGGAUAUGGUCGUGCGCUCGAUGUGGAUGGGAUUUCGGGAUUUUGCCCGCGAACUGGUAGGUGCAGUAGGGUCCGAGGUGAACCAUCGCCUCGAGAAGACAGAACGAUUUUGCGUGGGCGCCAUUGAAGGUGUCAAGCUGACAGCUCCUAAGGAGGAAGAGGCACGUCCUCGCAGGGAGCCAAUCAAAGUCAAGUUCCCGGAUUCCUACAGUCGAAAGAGGGAAGAGACUUUGACAAUUGGGAGGCCAACGUCAAGACCUAUUGAGGUGACAUGGAGACGGAAAAGUGUGCAACAACAGAUGCAGGCAGGUGUCGAUUUCGACGAGGAUGUGAAGAGGCUGGUUAUGGACCUUCAAGAGACAGAGAAGCGGUUGGACAUAGAGUUGCUCGAGGCACGUGAUCGAGCCCAGAAAGAAAAAGCCGCGUUGAUCGAAAAGUACUCCAAGAGAUUGGAGGAAGUGGAACAAGCUGAGCAUGAGAUGAGGCAGAGAGAAAUGAAUCGAAACGGGAAGCCGGAGGUAACGAGUGAGAACGGACAGCACCAGGAAAGGAGCCAGGAGUGGAUAGCGGCGGAGGACGUAUCAGUGAGAGGCAAGGACAUCCCAAAAGACAUGCAGUGGGCACAAGCGUCUAGGCAGCACUGUCGAUCUUCAAAGGGCUGCGAGUCCCACAUUGACGAUGAGGAUGGGCUCUCCUCGAACGAAUUGUCUGCACUGGUGACUGGAAUGGCAGCAGCAAGUUUGGUUGACGCCGAACAGCUUUUUGUGGACAAGUGGGGUUUGUGUGGCAGUGCAGCCAAAAAAACACUGACAGUGAAGGGCGGAAAAAGCAGUGACGAGGACGCUACCAAGAAUGCAAGUAGCUGUGGUGGCAAUUCUGCAGCUGAAGAGAAUCAUGGGAAGAGUUCUCCAAGAUGGUAUGAAUGGGGGGAUGGAGAAAGUGACGACUCCGGUGGAGAGGGCAGAUCUGGUCAGGAGGAGGAUUCAGAGGAACAUGGUUGGGAAGUCGCAACAUCAAAAGGCAAAGGUAAAGCCAGGAGGAGCUAAUUGCCGGUUUAGAUGAAACUGUGAUUUUCACAGCCUGUUUUCUUUUUUUUUCUUUUUUUUGUCACAGCUUGUUGUAUCUGUUUGUACGCAGGAGAUGCGGUUGCUGGCAGCAAGAGUUGGUGUCCGUACUCCUAUCAUGUGUUCCUGAGCUUUCAGAGGCGGUGGUGCACGGCUUGCAGAAUGAGCAUUUUGGUAACUUACCUCCUUGCAAAACUGCAGUGUCAUGGCCACCUUCUUUGCCGCCACAGCCCCUGCUUUCUCCGUGCCCUGGUUAACAACUGCGUAUCACAGAUCCUACCGGUCUCCUUGCUGCCCUUUGAGAAUGAACCUUGAAUCAGGCUCUUCGAUUGGUCAGACGGACCAUGUUCAUAUCUCAGUCAAGGAUGGUGUGAAAGUGUGCAACAUCACUCUCGAUGAGGUCAUGACUGAAACCAGUAUGUGAAAGUCAAAGAGCGGCAAAAGCUGCAGAAGGGAGAGGAACCCCAUACUGGAAGUACAAGAAUGACCCUUUAUUCAGGAUGCCCUUUCUCAGGGCUCUGAGGAUUGUGUGAGCAGGGAAACAAAGAGUACGCCUGGUGAGACACCUGACUGAUGGAAGUAGAGUUGCCUGGAAGACUUCAGAGUCUUGCAAUGAUAUGAUCGUUAGUCUUAAUCACCUGGAUGAUGAACCGGCAAGAAUGCUGAGAGGAGAGCCCUUGUGUAAGCGAGCUAUGGAUCUCGUUGGAGGGGGGGCGCGCAGCACGGUGAACUGCGACUCGACAUUGUAAUAAUUUUCUAAAAGAGGAAUGGUUCAUGAGAUUGUGCGAGAAUGAUGAUGGUAUUCAGAGAUGAAGUGGCAAGAAUGCUGAGAGGAGAGCCCUUGUAUAAACGAGUUAUGGAUCUGGUAGCUAUGUGAACAAGGAUGCUCACUGGGAAAACCAUGAAAUUUUCCACAGUUUCGAAAAUUUGCAGUUUGCAUUCGCCAUCCUUGGGCAAGGACCAGUGCUAGUCUAUCUACCCUGUCUGGUUGCAGCACUUUGAAGUUUUGGAUGGAUGGGAUGCAGAGAAGUUAAGCAUGGCCCACGGGCACAGAUGCAGAUGACGUAUUCACAGGUCAACCACUGGCCGCCCUGGUAUGUAGAUGGUUACCAAGGCCUCUGACAGCCACGUCAUGAAUGAUGGCCUUUAUUGUUCUCUUCGGGCACACUCGCACCAGGACUUUCUGAUAUGCAACUGGCCGUAUUUCGAACCAGAUUCUUUCCAAAACGUCCGCAAGUGUAUGGCCUUUCUAUCAAGUGAAGACCGACUGCGUCUCAGAUUUGGAUCUUGCCAUAUUUCCAACCUGCCAUAUUUGCAACCAGAUUCUGUCGAAAAUGUCUGCACGUGUAUGGCCUUUGUAUCAAGUGAAGACUGCAUCUGUCGCAUAUCUAAUGCUCAUGGAAGUGGAACCACCCAGGUGCCGGUCGUCAUGUGAAUGCAGUCGUGUGUCUUAGCAAGGAUGACAGUCAAGGAAAUAGGUAGCGACUUGAUGCGAGUUCAUCUGGAUAUUGGUGUCAUGCGAUAAAGCUAGAGGUAAUAGGUAGCGGCACAAGUUCAUAUCGGACUAAACGAUCAGUCCUCAGCACUUCGAAAAAUCGGACGAUCGGUAGCAGCUGGCAGCAGAAACUUUUUCGAAGUAUCGGUGGCAGCUGCGAGCAAAAUCUGUGCAGCUUUUGCGAGCGGAAUUUUUUUGUUCUCUCCUGGUAUCUUUCCCGGAAAAUCAGCAGCAAAUCUAUGCCGCUGAUUUCUUUCAGUUUUGGCGUGCAAUUCUGAGUGUGAGAAUUUGCCACAAAAAAAAGGUGGAAAUUCAAAAUUUGUAAAUUUGUCAAAGUCGGGAGCUUUUGCCAGCAGAAGAUCAACAGCAAAUCUGCACUCGUGAUCCCCUGUUUUUUCGAGAAGUUUUGGCAUGCAAUUCUGAGUGCGAGAAUUUGCCAAAGUCGGCACACUCAAAAUUUUCCUCACUGUGGGCCCCUCUACAGCCGGUAGGAAGACCUUCCUGGUCCCUCUCUGUCUCCCACCGCAUGGACCUGAAGUCAAUCCUCCCUGGCUGUCGUAUGCAACGAGGAAGGGAAAUGACAAUCAAUGGCAGGGUGUGUUUUUGGGUGAAGCAGCUAUCUGAUGGAAUUGAAGCCACCGGCAGUUAAUCCUCCCUGGCUGCGUUACGUUUGAGGAAGAGGAAAUGACAAUCGAUGGAAGUGUGUGUUUUUGGGACAAGCGCCAGGAUUCAGGUACCAGACGAAUAACCCUCUGCACGUCUUGAGGAUGCGAAUAGUCAGGAAGAGGAUUGCAGUGAAGUGGAAGAGGAGACAAGGAGAGGGAAAGAAUGGGAGGGAAACUAGAGUGGGCAGGAUUCUGUAGGACGGCGAAAAAGAAAAAAAAGAAGAGUGGACUCGGUGGACAGGGAAGGGUUAAGGAUGAAAUUGGGCGUUUCCAUAACAUUUUAAGGAUCACCCCCCCCCAAAAAAAAGAAGGAAUGACAUUGUGGAUGGACAAGCGGAGGUCCCGGUGUCUCGGCGAAACAACCCUCCGUAGCUCUCGAGGAUGGAAGAGAGGGGAUUGAAAAAAGGAAAAAAAGAAAAAGGGGAGGGAUGGGAGAGAGGAAAUCAAGUGAUCUGCGGAUAACAGAAAGAGGGGGAUUGGAGUGAAAUGGAAGACGAGACGAGGGAGGGGGAAGAAAGUUGGAGGGACGCUGGACCCGCUUUCCAGCAGGUGUUACUCCCCACCAAUAGAUUGGAGUCACAAGCUGAGUUGCUAGGAGUGGGUGCUCUUGUCACCACUCCUAGCAGGCUCUGCGCAUGUUUAAAAAAAGGAGGAGGAUGGUAGGGAACUCGAGUUGCCCAGGACAAGGCGUAACAAUGAAGGGAUGGUAAAAGGCAGCGAAUGAAGAAUAUCUAGUGCCGCCAACAGGAAGGAAGGAAGGAAGGAAGAAUAUUCUGUGGCGGCAACAGGAAGGAAUGAAGUGAGAGGCAAGGAAGUGACCUGGUCGGAAGCAGAGAAGCGGAUGAUCUCACAAGGGUAUUUACAGUAGGCCGAGGAUGUGGAUCUCAAAUCUCGUAUGAGAGGACAGGGAGGGGUCGACGGAUGCAGCCAAGGAGGGUAGAUGCAGGCUGGCUGCGCAGCAGUUGAGGCAAGCCGUAUGCAAUGUGUUUCGCAUGUUCUCUUCUCUUUUGCAGUUUCUAAGGUUGUACUUAAGGUUGUACUCCCACUAGGACUUUUUUGACUCUGCUGUGGACAGAAUUGCAGUCAGAUUCUGCAACAGUUGACCGUAAUUGCAGCCGGUUACGUCUAGGAAAGUUCCUGUGCGAAUAUCCCCAAAGUCUUGCUUUCUAUUCAUCCCUAUUAUGGAGAGAGAGGAAGGAAGAGGGAUGGAGCCAAAGGAGGGGUCAAGGAAAGUGGAGGGAGAUAAAAUGGGAGGGGGAAG